AUGGAUGGUGAGGACGGCUUGGCACUCUAUUGCUUGUCUAUUGACGUCUUGAACACAGAUCUCGUCGACGAAACGCUCGUCGGCCAAGGAUUAGCAGGUGCCUUCCAACCCUCCUGGUCGACGGACGGCCAAUGGCUCGUCUUCGGCGUGGGCUCCUGGUUCCAGGAUCGCGCACAGUACGGCGGAUGGCUGGCACGCGCCAGUGCGAACGGCUCCUACGCAGAACUGCUAACCACCAGCAACUCGACGGCAAUCAACUCUGGCUUCCCCAGUUUCUCCCACGACGGCAAGAAGGUCGUCUACCGUGUUUGGGGCGCAAAGUCCACCCAAGGCGACAAGUCCCAGCUUGGCCUGCGCAUCCUGGACCUCGAAACUCGCAAGGUCACCGUCCUCACCACAGGAUGGGACAACCUCCCCUUCUUCUCACCGGACGGCGAACACAGGGUCUUCACCCGCAAGACGAACGCAACCAACUACGAUGUCUGCACGAUCCGGCCCGAUGGAAGCGAUCUGCGCGUGCUGACCAGCAGCGGCGCCAACGAUGCGCAUGCGGUGUGGUCGCAUGAUGGAAGGAUCCUGUACUCUACGGGCAUGUAUGGGUUCCGGUACGAGUGUGCCUUGUACGACAAUACGUUCCAGCCCUACGGCCAGAUUGUGAUCAUGGAUGCGGAUGGAAAGAAUAAGCGCAUGCUUACGGACUCGAUGUGGGAGGAUUCGAUGCCGCUGUUUGUGCCCCAUUCGGCUCUCCACCGCUAG